AUGGCGGCGACGGCCGCGGCGGAGGCAGACGGCGGUGGCGCCGUCACCACGCGUCUAUUCGUAGGCGGGCUGGCGGAGGGCGUGUCCGCGGCCGACCUGGAGGCCGUGUUCGGCUCCAUCGGCCGCGUCGCCGGCGUCGAGUUCGUGCGCACCAGCGGCCGCAGCUUCGCCUACGUCGACUUCCAAUGCCCCUCCCACAAGGCCCUGGCCAAGCUCUUCUCCACCUACAAUGGGUGCAAAUGGAAAGGAGGGAAGCUAAAACUGGAGAAGGCCAAGGAGCACUACCUCGUUCGACUGAAGCGAGAAUGGGAGCAGGAGGCGGCGGCGGCAGCGGCAGCGGCAGCUGCUCAAGAAAUGCCUGCGGAAGAUAGUGUGGACAAGCAGGAGGAGAAGGAGAAGCGGAAGCUGGAGAAGGAUGCUCUGGAAAGUUCAAAGCUUAACAUCUACUUCCCGAGAUUGAGGAAGCUGAAACCUUUGCCUUUUAAAGGCAGUGGAAAGCACAAAUACAGUUUCAGAAAUAUUGAAGUCCCUUCUUACCCAAUUCAUUUCUGCGACUGUGAGGAGCACUGUGGACCUCCUGAGAAAGCUAAUGAAGAAUAUGCUGCUGUUCUUAAUCGUGUUGCAUAUGAGAAGGAGCGAAACAUCAUGAAUUCUGUGAUGAGUAAGCUCUUUGAGAAGGACACUGAGCAAAUCGAUUCGUCGGAAGUGCAGAAACAAGAUGUUGUUAACAUCAUGGAACCGUCUGAUGCUGAGACAGAACCCUCUAAUGCUGAGACAGAGCCCUCUGAUACGGAGACAGAACCCUCUGAUUCCGACAACAAUUUGCCAAUGGAAGAAACAACAGAAACUCCUGAAGAAGAUUUGGAUGACCUCCAAAUGGAAGAAACAGAUGAUCCUUCUGAAGAAGAAUUGGAUGAUGAUGACCUUGUGAUCAACAUUGCUCCUCGCAAGGCCAACAACUCAGCUGCCCAGUUAAAUAGGGCAAACCAAGCAGUGAAUAAGGACGAGCGGUUCAGGAAACGUCAGCAUUUUGAUGAGAUUUCUCCACAAAAGAAGAGACAGAAAUCAGAGGAUUUAUCUGAACCUAGAAACAAGAAGCAGUCUACUUCAAUGAAUGCAGACAGGAGGACUACAGGGAAGUCUUUGCCAUCUGUGGCAGUAGCCAUCCAAAAUGAACAAAAAUCCUCUGUUUUGUCAGGAAAAGGAACGCAUGGUUUCUCUUCUGUACUUGAUAGAGCUAAAAGUUCUGCUGGUCUUCAAGGUGUUGAUGCUCUAACAGGUCGUUCCACCAAAAACGAAGGUUCACAAAAUGAGCUUCCUACUACUGAACCAAAAAGGGGUUCUGUGUGGACUCAGAAGUCUGCCUGGAGAGAUCUUGUAGGAGGCAUGGGGGCUACGUCUUUCAGUAUAUCGCAGAUAUUGCCGAACAUCAACCCAGCACCACCAAAACUUGAACCUGCUACCGAGACCUCUGUCGCGCGCACCGAAUCCAGGAGGGAAGUGACCUCAUUAGGUAUGACAUCUCUGGGAUCCCCAGAGGCUAUAACUCAGCCCUCGGCUGAGCAGAACUCGCCGAGUUCCACGGGAACGCCAUCUGCUGGAACAACAGUUGGUUCAGCUGGUCAUGAAACCCGAGGAUGCGACGUGAGCAACAAGGUAGAAGAACCGCGCGUGGUCCCAAAGAUUACAAUCAGUGAAGUCUGCCCGUUCAUGAGAAACGAAGAGUCAAUUCAGCAAUGGUCGAAGGCAAAGAAGGUUCUAACCGGGUUCAUCAAGAGGGGCGACGAGAAGAAAACCGGAUCCAGCAACUCCAGGAGAGGAAAGCCACAGUCACGGAGAGGAUAA